AUGCCCAAACCAAUAUCACAGAGUGUCAGCAUAAGGGAAAUUACGCUAUCAGAACGAAAUGAUGAAGACAACUCAAUUAUCGUUAGUCAAGACGAGCAAGAAAUCAAUCACGAAGGAAUCAUUGAAGUAGUCAGGAAAAAAUUAAGAACUAGAGCCGACGCAAGGAACCGCGUCAAAGAUCAGGCAAAGAAGUUCAUCCAAUACCAAGUUGGCCAGCAAGUGCUAGUCAAAGAACACAAAUUAUCAUCAGGUGAAGAUAAUGAAAUUCAUAAAUUCUUCUUACUAUACCGGGGACCCUACACCCUGGUACAGAUAAGGGACAACAAUACAGUACUCGUAGAAGAUUCAAGGGGACAAACAAUGCGAUACAACGUCAAAAACGUCAAACCGUAUCACUCAUUGCCAAGGAAAGACGAAGACUUGUGUUUCCCUCCUGAUCCAGGAAAAUCCUGCGAUCCAUUCCUCUCUUUUCCUAAUUAA